AUGGCCCACGGCCGCAGCCAAGGUGUGUUGAACCGCAACACGUUGAACUUUGCGACGCCGUAUCGAUACCAGGUCACGCACCGACGACGGCAACGUCCAACGGUGACUUGGUUUCACCAACAAAUACUGGUUGCGUUCGAUGGCGUCGACGGACUCCCUAACGUGGCAACACACUCGAUCCGCAAGGGCACCGUGACGUUCGAAACGUCACGCUGCACCACGGGUCUGUCGAUCGGAGUGUUAACAACUCGCGAAGGGUGGUCCCUAGGAGACGUGCUGGAUCGUUACAUUAUUCUUCACGCGCCUGCGGGGGAUCAGUACGCCAGUCGCAUCGCUUCGAGAUUGCCCGAAUCGAGCACCGCGUUAGGCACGCAGCCUCCGCAUUUUGGUGCGCGGGACGAUCCCAUGGUGACUGUGAUGCGCCGAAUGGAGGACAUUUUCGAAGCUGAAACUGGUGCCAAGCCCCACGACCACGACCGUCCAUCCGAACCGAGUCGUUUGAUGCGUGCUUGGGCUACAACGGACUGGACGUAA